AGUGCGCUUGCGCGCGGGGUUGGGGAGGGGAGGGGAGGGGAGGGGCAGCACAUUCCCCCGGUCCCCGGGUUUGCGCGAGGUUAGGGAAGAAUGGGACAUGCGCAUUCCCGGGGGAGCGGGCCCAUUGUGUGAGGGGCAUCAGCGCCUAGCUGCCACAUCUCUGUGUGGCUCAGCCUCAGGCCGGGAUGGAGCCGUUGACAUUCGCUACCGGGGAGGAAGGGCCCGGACCCCCUGGGCCUUCGGAGAGCGGAGGCCUGACUGCUUCCCAGCGUCGGGCGGAGCUGAGGCGAAGGAAGCUGUUGAUGAACUCGGAGCAGCGAAUCAAUCGGAUCAUGGGCUUUCACAGGAGCGGGACCUCUGCGGGUGAGAAGCUGGGGCCCCCUGAAGAUGAAGUGAACACAGAAACAAAGCAGCACGACACUGAUAAACUGAACUCUCUUGCUGUUCCUUCAGUUUCAAAGCGAGUAGUGCUGGGUGAUUCAACUAGCACAGGAACUCUGGAACACCAGGAUGGCACUGCAGAGUUCAAGGGAACCCAACUGGUAGAUAAAAAGGACCCUUUAAUCAAUCCACCUGAGAGCAAUAAUGAUGGUAAUCUUGAACUCCGUCAUCGAAAAAGAGGGGAUCUUACAACUGACACUAUCCAGAGAAGCUCCCAGCAUGGCUUAGACCAGUAUCUUUCCAGAUUUGAUGAAGCAAUGAAAUUAAGAAAACAAUUGAUUAGUGAGAAAUCUAGUCAAGAGAAUGGAAGUACAGGAGAAGAAUUUGAUACUUUUCGAAUUUUCAGAUUGGUGGGCUGUGCUCUUCUUGCCCUUGGAGUUCGGGCUUUUGUAUGCAAAUAUUUGUCCAUAUUUGCUCCAUUUCUUACUUUGCAACUUGCAUUCAUGGGAUUAUCUAAGUACUUCCCAAAGAGUGAAAAGAAGAUGAAGACGACAGUACUAACUGCUGCUCUUUUAUUGUCUGGAAUCCCAGCUGAAGUAAUCAGUCGUUCCAUGGAUACCUAUAGUAAAAUGGGAGAUGUUUUCACAGACCUUUGUGUCUACUUUUUCACUUUCAUUUUCUGCCAUGAACUGCUUGUUUUUUGGGGCUCUGAAGUUCCAUGAAAGCUGUAGAACCCAAAAGAAUAUCUUAUAAAGCCAGUUUUCUGUUCUCUACUAGUCUAAGAGAAAGGAACCAGUUUAUACUUUUAUAGCACUCUUAUUUGAUAGGAGUUGUAAAACCACUGGAUUAUGAAUGGAAUGGCAAAGUCCCCAAGUUUAAAAGUUUUGUGGUUGUACUAGUCCUGAUGUGAAGAAUAGAGCACAAGUGUCAUUCAUUGAUUGAUGUAUUCAGUUAGAAGGUGCAUUUGUUGCCCUUGCCUACAUUCCUUUCAGGUUGUAUUCUUUCUUUUUUGGUCUGUGAUAACAUAACUAAGGUCUUUGUGCUCUUUGCAGAACUGUUAAAUAUUGUCUUAGCCUUUGCUAAGAAUUACUUCUGGUAUUUGUUUUUCCUUGCCUUAAAAUAAACAAGUCCAUCUUCUACAUAAAAUUAAAUUAACUGUGUUUUCUAACCUUCUUAUAUAAAAAUGUAACAUCCAUUAAUUGAAUGAAGUAAAUAGUAGCCAAUUUCUUCAUUUUCCUCUUUGAAAACACUUCUUUAAUCUUAGUCAAGCUCCUAGUAGUUAAUCAAAUAAAGGACUCCAUUUGUACAAAUAAAA